AUGGACCAAGACAUUUCUCUGAAUGCACAGUUUUGCUAUCCAGCAAUAAAUGGAUCUUGUCUUAAAGAACUCUAUCCGUCAUCUACCUAUAUUCUGUUAUAUAUUUUGUUUUUUGUUGGAAUAUUAUUAACAAUAUCUGGAAACAUGGCAGUCAUGUUAUCAAUUGUUUUUUUCAAACAGCUUCAUACUCCGACAAAUGUGCUUGUGCUUUCCAUGGCUCUAGCAGAUUUCCUGGUAGGACUGUGUGUGAUGCCGUUUAGUAUGAUAAGAUCUGUAGAAGCUUGCUGGUAUUUUGGUGAUUCAUUUUGUCUCAUGCAUUCAAGCUUUGAUAUGUUUCUUACUUCUGUCUCUAUAUUUCACCUGAUAUUCAUUGCAAUUGAUAGAUACUGUGCAGUGUGUUAUCCCUUGCAUUAUUCAACCACAAUUACUAUACCUGUAUCUUUAAUAAUGGCAGCAGCAAGCUGGGGGAUUUCAGCAAUUUAUACAUAUAGCUUGCUAUAUUCAAAAGCAAAUACCGAGGGCAUCGAUGCUUACAUAUCUUCUGUAUAUUGUUUAGGAAGUUGCAUUCUUUGGUUUAAUGCUUUAUGGGGAACUCUGGACACAUUUAUUGCAUUUUUCAUCCCAUGCACUGCAAUGCUUUGUUUAUAUGCUAAGGUAUUUUCAGAAGCGAGAAGGCAAGCAAAGAAAAUAAACUCAAUAACAGAACAAAUGUAUUCUGCAAAUGAAACAAAAUUCAGAAUGUCAAAGAAAUCUGAAAGAAAGGCAACUAAAACACUUGGAAUUGUAAUGGGAGGUUUUAUGCUUUGCUGGCUACCUUUCUUUGUUAACUCUGUGGUGGACCCGUAUAUUAAUUUUUCUACACUCCCUGUUGUUUUUGAUGCCUUUGUUUGGUUAGGAUAUUUUAAUUCCACUUUUAAUCCGAUAAUUUAUGCAUUUUUCUAUCCAUGGUUUCAGAAUGCUCUGCAGCACAUUAUUACUUGUAAAAUAUUUUAUCAAAGAUCUUCAAGAGUUAAUUUAUUUUCAGUAAGAAACAAGGUCUACAACCGAUGA